AUAUCAUUCACACCCAUCUGAAAUCCUGGCUUGUGUGGCUUGUCAAGUGAUGUUUUCUUUCCACAGCCCCCUUUAGUUGUGGUAGAAACGGCGCUAAGCUGAAAAGCUAUGUGUCGUAUUUGAAAAUGUCUCGGCUUUUACUAGAAGAGUGACUUAGAUGAGGCGUUUUUGCACAUUUUACUAGCGGGUACGGUACAAGCGAGACACGGUGGAUAGGCUGCGUUUCAAUGGAGAGUCUGUCAAGAACAGCCGCGGAUGAUGCUCCGCGGGAGAAGGUAGCUUUACAACAGUUGGCCAGUUUCUCAUGCUUGUUUAUGCAGUUUUAGUAGUCACAUAGUUUGGUAAGAUCUACUUACAGCUGUUGCUACAACUCCAACCAGCAGAUGAAAGCCUAGACUGCAAGAACGUAUACUAGACCGUCAUUAUUAUGUGCUGUUUGACUUGUGCUGCAAAGAGAAAUGAUAUGUUGUACUGUUAAGUUGAAUUAAAGCAUGCUUUUACGGGUUUAGUUUACAGAUGUUUUUAGAUGUCGCUUUAUUCACUAUAUUUGCCCCAAUGGAAAGGCUCUAUAUAAGUGAUUUUCACAUCCAGAUAUUGAACUUUUUAAUAUUCAUCCCUGUUUCUUUCCCAGGUGCUCCAUCCACCACCACCACCCAGUGGAGUUGUGAGUGACAGUUUGUCAGUCACAUCUUAUAAAGAGUACCCUGCUCACCGUCCCUUCAUCAGCACACUUGUGCAUCACACUCCUCAAGCACGCACACACCAGUCAUUUCUCCCAUCAUCACCAAGCAAAGCGUUCCCAGAGACCAGCAGUGCAGGUAACUUCUUGCAUCUGAGUAUCUUAGUCUAUUUUCCCUUCCCAGAGUUUCCAUUCAACCACUGUGGUGUUUCGUAGCUCCAUGGUUACAGCAUGUGCAACAUGAUGCCACACUACUUGAAUGUCUGUGAUGCACCGGCAUCUAUUCACCCUUUGACAUUACCCUCUAUAAUAAUAACUUCAUUUUAUUUAUUUUUAUAGCACUUUUAAAAAACAGAAGUUUACAAAGUGCUUUGACAAAUAGUUGUAAAGUACAGAACAUCGGCACAUGGAAAUAAAAACAAAAGCUCAAUUAAAAACAAGGCUUCCGAAUUGAAGGCCAAUUUAAUUUGUCAUAAGAAACCCAGACAAUACAAGAACCCUACAACAUAAAAUGAGACCAUUAGGACCAAAAUAAAAACAUAGAAAGCAGGAAACAGGAUAGUAAACAUAAAAAGAUGAUAUUAAUAAUGAUAAUAAGAAUAAAAUAUAAUUAAAUAAUAAUGAUGGUAAUAUUAAUGAUAAGAUGGAAUAACAAAAAUCAGCAGGAAAAAAAACAAGUAAAUCAAUAAAAGGCAUUAAAGGUUAAAUAAAAGAUUGUAAGUAAAACAAAGGCUAAAGGGACAGUAAGUUGAAAUAAGAUAGAGAUAAAAGAAAAAAGAGAAAAAAAAGAAGGCAUCUCAUAAAAGCAAGUCUGUAAAAGUGAGUUUUUAAAUUUGACUUAAAAGAAGAGACUGUCUCUGCACACUUUAUCUCCUCUGGCAGGUCGUUCCAAAGUCGAGGGGCUCUGAUGGAGAAAGCUCUAUCACCUUUAGUUUUGAUCCUCGAUCACACUCUGUGUAUGUUUCAAGUCCUUUAGUGUAUCCCCACAUGUGUCACAUUCUUGAUCCUGUUGUGUGUGUUUAUGUAGCGAUCCUCUCUGCCUUGAGAAACCUUCAGGAGAAGAUCAGACGGUUGGAGUUGGAGAAAGGGAGAGCUGAGGUCAAUAUACACACGAUGAGGAAAGAUGCACCACACACACUUCUGCAGAGUGAUGGAGUCACAAGAAGACUUUUAAACGAGCAGACAGACGCACAAAAAGAGAGAAAGGACAGAUCUGACUGUAACCAAGGUCUGUGCAUGACUAAGAAUUUGCAGACAUUAUACAGAUUUUUUAUGCUAUCUCCUCUGUCUUGUAUUUCAUUGUGUCCUUUUGUUUUUCUUCUCAGUGUUAAUCAGCCACCUGGCUGCUGCAGAGUCUCGCUGUGCAAAGUUAGAACGACAGCUGGACCACAUGAGGAGGAUGCUGCGUAGUGCUAAGGCAGACAGGACCAGCCUGCUCAAACAGCAGGUGAAUAAGACGUUUCUCCACUUUAAGAUGCACAAAUUCAGUCAUGAAUGCAGUGAUUUUACGUUAAAUACUAUCAUCUUUGAGUUCUUGGAUUGGUUUCAUUGUAUUAAUUGAUCUCAACACUUUAAGGUUUCCGUGGAAACAACCAAAGCAGCUCAUAAACAGUUUGACCCAUUACCUGAGCAUGCUCAGUUGGAAAAGCUGGAGCGGCUGGAGCAGGAGUAUCUUCGGCUGACACGCACACAAAACAACGCAGAGGUAAUGACACAAAUGAAUACAGGUUUGGCAGGGGUCAUUUAUCUUAACCACUGGUGUGCAUUGGUCAAAGAAUGUGCAUUUCUCUUCAGACAUAAUGGUACUGAUUCCUCAAGUUUGUUCAUUGAUGAAUGAUAAAAAGCCUGAAUACGGCUUGCUUACAGAACCAGUGGACUCCCACUUGCAGAGAAUAUAAGGCUGUGGUUCCCAAUCUGGGGGGUCAGGUUUCCAAGAUAUCAUCAAAUGUCACCGUCAAAAAUGUACAAUAACAAAAAUUAAAGACAUUCAAUUAUUUCAAAUGCUGAAUAUUUUUCAUCAGCAGUGGUCUAAUUGAAGUGAUAAAACUUUCCUAUUGGUUUAAAAUUCUGGAUCCACAUCUGUUUCAAAUUCUAACAAUAACUAACCCUCAAUGUUUAAGUUGACUCAGAUUCUCUCACUGUUAUCAGUAUUAACAUAAUAACAAUGAUUUACUGCAUCAUCAGAUGAAGAUCCGAGAGCUGGAGGUGAAACUACUGGAGGAGGAGCACCAAAGAAAGCUGGUCCAGGAUAAGGCCAAUCAGGUAACAAAGCUUUAAAGGUAUGGUAUCUCUUUUUUUUAUUCCUUAGAGAGGGCUUAGUCUUAUUUUUAUCUUUUUGUUUUCCCUCAGCUGCAGACAGGUUUGGAAGCCAAUAGGAUUCUGCUGCAGUCAGGGUCACCGCGUCUGUCCUCCAGACAGUCCAAAGAGAGAAAGUCAGACUCAAAGGUAAAGAACUUCACAGGUUUUUUUUCUUCAUUUUUGUAGGUACAUAUUAUCAUGGGACAUAACAGGGAAUAUGGAUUCAUUUUUUAGGAUAUGAUUGCAGGUUCAACUCGCUUCCAUAAAAGAGCAUUUCCUUGUAUAUUUGACUUUUGGUAUAUGAUGAUUUUUGUCUUUCCAGAAACAUUUACCUGCAUCACCACAACGAUCAUCCUACACACAGCCACACUACAGACUGAGCCUCAGAGAUGUGCCUUUUGUUGCUGGAACAGUAAUACUGCAUUAAGCACUGGAAUAAAGUUGAAUUUAGUUUUCAUCCUUUAUCUUUCUUCACACUGACUCUCACUGUCUCCUCAGUCGGUGGGCGGCAGCCACUCAGUCCGAGCCAACGUCCAGUCAGUUCUGUCUCUCCUGAAGCAACACCAGCCUCAUCUCUGCAACAGCCACGUCCUCUCCAACAACAACUACGAGACAGGGAGUCCCAGAAGCUCGGCCUCUUCCUCUUCUUCAUCCUCUGCUAGUGAAGAAGAGCUUUCAGAGCUUCUACAGGGGUUACAAGAGGAGCUGCGACUCAUGAGCCUGUGAGUGUUGUCAUAUAGCUCAGUAGGGGUGUAUUUCUUGGAAUAGUGUUACAUGUUGUUUAUUGUGUUUGUGUUUUAAGGGAGCAAGACGAGUUGAUGAGGCAGGUAGAGUCCAGUGUGUCUGAAGAGGAGAGAAAAGAGCUUCAGAGGGAGCAGGAGAGGCUGCUGCUGAAGAUGGAGAGAAAAGGAGAUCAGAUCAGUAAGCUUUACAAACACAAAACACAGGUGGGUCCGACUCCUCACACAGAAAACACUUAAACACUAAAAACACGAAACAGCAACUGCAGGGAUUUAUGUGUUUCCUCCCUCUCCUUAGAUAAAGAAGUAUCGAAACUCAAGGCGAAAUGAGGUGAGAGUGACAACCACAGUGUCCACCAGAGGUCGCUCUGCCGGAUCAGUCAAAGUUCGACCAGGAGAGAAGAGCAGGAGGAACCUGGAGCUGCUGAGGGAUAUGAAAGCUCUACAGACCUCUUUACGGACCUGAAAACACACCAGGACAUGAACACAGCAUGCUGUGUCGGUGUUACAUACGGUACAUUCCCACAGCCAUGUUUUUACAAUUGGCUUGAUAAUCACUGAAUGAUGUGACUACUAAAUAGUAAGUCCAGACCAAAACAAGUGUCUCUCCAUGAGUAUGUGACCUAUGAUUCUUUGAAAACAGUUUUUUUAACUGCAGUGAAAAAUUUAGACACUGCUUGAAAAAGUUACGAGCUGGUGCAUUACAUCAAAACAUGACAAAAAUGUUGUCAGUAAUACCGGCUCAGUUUUAUUAGUAAUCCAAAAUACUUAAAGAUACUCAAUAGUUGACCAAGUUUUUUAAACCCCGUUAGAGAAAGUGUAGUUUUUUAAAUAUAUUUCAGAGCUAUUCUCUUUCCUAGAGUUGGUGGUUAUAUGUGUCACCAGCAGAGGGCACAAACUCAAAAAUCACAGCUUUGUAUGAUGAGUAUUACAGUUCAUUUUGUGGAAGUUUUCUGGGAAUAAAAAACAACUAACAGGAAUAACUGUUCCCCAGAAAAUACAGUAAAGGUGCAGGGAUAGUUCCAUUUCAAUAAAGCCCAGUUCUUCAGACAAUGACACAUUCCUUGUUCUGCUUAAUGGUUACAGAAAGUCAGUUUUUUUAAGUGACAGCAGCAGCAGCCUCUAGUGGUAUAAAGACAGUUGCAUUGGUGAAAUGGUUUGAUACAAAUUUUUGCUGGUUACAUUAAACAGAAGGACCUCAGAAGACCACACUGUGCUGAAUUUUCUUAAGAUACUGAAUGACUUUGAUACGUGAGAUUGCUGAGUCAAAAAUUUUGUGCAACAGUUGUUUAAAAUUAGAGCAUUUUCUAUUUAUUUCUACAAAAACAUGCGGGUGGAUUCUUGUUAUUUUUGACAACCAUGAGAGAUGUUUUGGGAGUGAUAGAUAAUUCUCUGAGAUUAUAAAGUAUUUAUGUCUGCAA